UUUGCAGAAUACUUGAAAUCGACAUGGACGACAGCCACGCCCUUGCGGACGCCUUUGCGCGCCAUUUAAGCGGCUUUACAGAGACAUUGUCGAAGAUCGUUUCCGACGGCACGAAUUUUGGACAGUGCGGAAGUUUAUUGUUCAUGGGAAGAUUUUACUCACGUGAGAAUCACCUUAAUAGCUUUCCCGAUGGCCUUACGCGCGAAUUGGUGAGUAUACUCACAUUACGACUCUUUGACUUCAAUGUGACGAUCACGCUUCCGCAGUUGGACACCGCAGAGCAAAAACUGGGCCUCGCAGCAUGCUACAUGCGCACAAUCAGGAACUCGCGUCAGGCAGCGUGCAAGCUCCCGCGCGAAGUCCUUGACCUCAUAUUUGCGCAGACCAUGGAUCGCUUCAAAGACUUCGACCCGUUUCCCAUCCGCCCUGAACGUGGCGGUCGGUGGCAUCCAAGCAUCAUCUCCGGAGUAUGUCGAUAUUGGCGCGUCGUCACAAUUUCUUGCCCCACGAUCUGGUCUACUAUACACCUUAGCGACGUCUUUCCGUCCGCUAGCCUUUCCUUUGCCCAACUGUGCUUGCGGCGAUCUUACGGGGCACCGCUGAAUGUCUACAUUGACUAUCAGAAUGGUGUACCAGAAGACGCGAUGAAUUGGAUCUCGGAGGACCUUGUAGCCCAGAGUGUCCGCUUUUCUGCCUUCCACCUGCGCGAACAUGACCAGCAUCUCAGUAGAGCGCUGUACGAAGUGCUGUCGGAAUGUCCUGCCCCAUCACUGCAAAGCCUCACCCUCCAACCUGAUGUAGCCCCGACACUUCCUGAUCUCCUGGAUCCCUUGCUUUUCGCCGGUUUUCUGCCAAGCAUCAAACACGUGACAACUUCGCGUCUGAAAUUGUGGCCGACGUAUCGACUCACCAGUCUUACGCACAUCUGUGUCCGAGCAUCAGCAUUUUCUGUGUCCGAGGUUUUUGACCUGUUGGCAUGCAAUCCCCAACUUGAGGUUAUCAUUUUGCAGUCUGACGACCCGACUCCUCACGACCUGGAAGACAAUACCCCCACAACUACUGUUGGGAUCUCACUAUCUCAUCUUCGUCGAUUCCAUCUCGUCGAUUAUACAACAACGUUCUGCACACGUAUUCUGAAUGUAAUCCGCCCUCCUCCCGCCCUCAACCUAGCCGUAGACUACGUUACGCCUGCACCUUCGCAUACGCUCCUUUCAACCAUCUCGCGUCUCUCAUUCAUCCCGACUAUAUCCACAGUCGUGCUCCGCUCUUCGUUAUAUCCUGCACGGCUAGGCAUACGAGGUGUCGGGUUGGGGGCGUUUAACAUCUCGCCAGGCGCAGACGUCCACGAAGCCGGAAGUAACCAGUACAUGGCGGGCCUCCUGGCGCUGCUAUCCGCAUGCUCCAUCAAGGAGAUCUGGAUUGAGGGCGAUCAAGUUGUAACGCGCGUCCCUCUGUGGCAGCGGAUCUUCCUUGCGACUCCACUCGUGAGCAGACUAGUUGUCUCCCCAGGACGGUCUGCGCACGAGUCGCCUGGCACGGCCUUUUUCUCCGCACUGUGCGCUGCCGACGAAACUCUCGGCCUGGCGCUGCCCUGUCCCCUACUCACAGAGCUGAUUCUCCGUGGCGGAUUUAACGGGCAGGACAAUACAAGAGCCCAACGUUCUCUCUGGUUUACGCGAGACCUGCGGCAAUUUUGUGAGGACAGGAAGAGUCGCGGGUUCCCCUUGCGGAAAAUCACCCUCAUUCUUAGCGCGGACUCUUCUAUUCCGCCCGCAGCAGAACUAGCUCAGAUAAAGAGACUGGUUGCUACGGUCGAUUGCAUUGAUGGAAGAAACUUUUCAACCUACUCUUCGUCGCGCGUAAAACUCCCUGUAACAUAGUAAUUUCUGGCGGGUAGAUUCUCCGGUGAGCGAGUCCAAGUCACUGUAGUAGGUAAGUACCAGCCGGGGAUCAAGCUGGUCGAAGACAGUAGAGUUUCAUUGCGCUGUAAUGGCAUUGUUCCUACCAGAGCCUAGGCCGUAUUUAAUCCCGAUAGAGCGAGUCGCAAGUUUAUGGAUUCCCAA